AGCUGUAGAGAGGCAACGGAGCUCACGCCUCUGCAGCUUCCGAGCACAGAGCUGAGUGGUUCCACAGCACCGUGGGCGCCGUCAGUCACCGCGACACGCCUAGAUGUGUGCCACCACGGGGAGUGUUGUGUUCGUCUUUGCCAUUGCAUAAAUGUGCCGUGUGGGAAGGAAUCUACAUAAUUUUACUGCUGAAACUGCAAAUCUUGCACAUCUGCAUCGGUCAUUGUCUGCCCAUGUUUUCCCUUUCCCUUCUCCCCCCGCAGCCUGGUAGGGGGUGUGUUAAAGGUUUCUUGACUAUGUCUUGACUCAUUCUUAUUUGACUGGAAACACGAGCCUUAUUUGAGCUUUUGAAGCGUCUGCGCCGUUGUUUGCAUUCCCCGCCUCAAACCCUGGCCGAAGCAAUAUGGCGGCAAGUGGUUUGCAGAAAAAAAGAAGAAGAAAACAACAUGUCUGAGCCAAGUGUCAAUGUUUUCCUCGUCGAAAACAAGCAAGCUCUUUAAACGACGUCUUUAACCAUUUGAAUGCCAUUUGUACUGUAUUCAUACUUCAGCUGAGCAACUUGACUUUUACAAUGAAUUUGGGGCCUUCAAACCCCUACGGGAAUGGACUUUUGUUCGCCGGUUUCAACCAGGACCAAGGAUGCUUUGCGUGUGGAAUGGAGAAUGGUUUUAGAGUUUACAACUGUGAUCCUUUGAAAGAGAAAGAAAGGGAAGACUUUACUGAUGGGGGUCUCAACUACGUUGAAAUGCUCUUUCGGUGUAACUACUUAGCUCUUGUUGGUGGCGGAACUCAUCCUAAAUAUCCUCCCAAUAAAGUUAUGGUAUGGGAUGAUCUUAAGAAACAGCCUGUGAUCGCUCUUGAGUUCAAUGCUCCUGUCCGGGGUGUUCGCCUUAGAAGGGAUCGCAUUGUUGUAGUUCUCGAAGGUGUCAUCAAAGUCUACACAUUUACUCAAAACCCACAACAACUGCAUGUGUUUGAAACAAAUCCAAAUCCUAAAGGCCUCUGUGUUUUAUGCCCCAAUAGCAAUAAUUCUUUAUUAGCUUUUCCUGGGCGAAAAUCUGGACAUGUUCAGGUUGUGGACUUGGCAGACACAGAACGCCCCCCUUUGGACAUUGCUGCUCAUGAAGCGCCCCUGAGUUGUAUAGCUUUGAAUUUACAGGGUACUCGAUUGGCUACAGCAUCAGAAAAGGGAACUCUCAUUCGAGUUUUUGAUACUGCCAGUGGACAAAUAAUAAAUGAACUGAGAAGAGGAGCUAAUGCAGCAAAUAUUUACUGUAUCAACUUCAACCAUGACUCAACUUGCUUAUGUGUAUCUAGUGACCAUGGCACAAUUCACAUAUUUUCAGUUGAAGAUCCUAAGCUUAAUAGACAGUCCAGCUUGGCAAGCGCAUCAUUCUUGCCAAAAUAUUUUAGCUCUAGCUGGAGUUUUUGCAAGUUUCAAGUACCAGGAAACUGUCGGUGUAUGUGUGCAUUUGGAGCUGACAACAAUUCAAUAAUUGUUGUUUGUGCUGAUGGAAGUUACUACAAAUUUGUGUAUAACAAAAAAGGAGACAGCUCAAGGGAUGUCAGCGCUCAGUUCCUGGACAUGCCAGAUGAUAAAUUAUAGUCGUAGAGUUUAGAACUAUUUUGAACAAGCGGAAAGCAGUUCUCACUCUUGGUUCUUCAUAGGAAAAUUGAACCACCUUUUAAUCCCACCCAAUAUUCAUUUUUACUGCCUUUUAUGAUUUAUGUUCAAAACACUGCAAAAUUCAUUACACCAUGUAAUGUUGAAGCUGGUGGUGUUGCGACUACCAAGGUACUAGAUGCAUGCUCUUAAAAAUGCACUUUGGUUAAAGAAAAUAAUUGAACUUUAAGAAAGUUUUGCAAGUGACUGAGCCAGUAACCAGAGAUUUAAAAGUGUUUCUGGAUUCCUUUUUAUGCCUUUAUGAGGAGUCAUGAGAUACUUGAUUUGUAAGUCACAAUUACGUAUGUGAAUUACUUCUGUUUGUCUGUGAUAAAAUCUCAUACACAGCUAAUUGCAAAUUUUCUGUUUUAUUAAUUUGCAGUUUGCAAAGGGAAUUUUGUGUGGUCCUAAAGGCUCAACACCAGUAAAACUGGAGAAUUUUUAGAGUUUUUUUGCACUUUGCUUUGUCCUUUUGCUAACUGUCCUCGAAUGUGUUUUGAAUCCCUCUUUAAAAGUGUACAUUGCCUGUAGAUUCAUUUGUACCAAUCUGUUUCCUUUUAACAAAAUAUGAUGACUGUGAUUAUCAUUCAACACGUAAAAUAGAAGGUUGUCAUCUAAAAAUGUAGUCAAUCACAAGUUUACUGUUUUAAUCUUAAUGUCUGCGAUUAAGUUAAGGUAUAGAAAUUAUUAGUUGUUCUUUUCAAAAACAAUUCUACUUGUAUUUUCUGGUUGGUGGCAUGUAUUGACGUAUGUAGGUAAUUGGUUUCCUAUUCUAUUUCAAAGUGUCUCCUAAAAAUAUGUCAAAGGAAUCAUGAUUGGAAUAGCUUAUCAGUGUAACUGAAUUUCCUGUUGGGUAGGUUUGUUCGCUUUGUUUGUAGAACAAAAUUUUUCUAGGGGACAGUGUAAAAUUAAGAAAUGGUAAAAUGAAUGUUUAUUACAGCAAAUUUUGAUUGUUAGAUAAAAACAGGUUUUUGCUGACCAGUCCAUCAUUUGUGAGUGAACUGAAAGAUUUCUUGUUACUAAUGAACAUCAUAUCAUGGUAAUGAGUAAUUUAAAUUAACAACUGGCAUGAUUUGUUGACACUAAAGGUAAAACGUCCUCUGUGUGCCAAUAUACCAUCAAUACUGCUGCAUUAUCAUCUAUCUAUAAUUGUGAGUGUUUGAGAUUUCUGUUGCGAACUGAAAUUUUCACACUUGAACUGAUGAUAGGUUUCACUAUUUUGUUAACGAAGUUUGGUGAUGAAUGUUUUUUUUGUCUUUUUGUACAUACAUAUAUUUAGAAAAAUAAUGUUUUCAAUAAAUCCUUAAUGAAAGAAAAAAUCUU